AUGGCCGCCGCACCCACUUGCACACGCUUCUUUGCCUCGGCUGCCCCUAGCACAACAGCACGAGGUAAGUCAACGAAUCAGGGUAGAUCCGGGGAUCGAGUGGGGGACGGUCGCCUCUGUGGAUGCUGGGCCGCGACUUUUCUAGCACGGCGUUUCCGAGCGCAGCGAUUUGUGUACGAUGUUGCAUGAACCAGCAGCUGACAAGUGAUCCUUACUCCUACUCUCGUAUGCUCGCGCAUCAAAGCAUGCCUCGGCGCACGCACAAGACCUAGCGCUGCAACCUCAUUCAGCACGUCGUGUCGCAGUUGUUCGUCGUCGCCGAUCGCCUCGACUUCUACAUCGACACCACCUCCAUCGCCCUUCCCCACUACACCAUCCUCCACCUCUUCCUCGAGCUCGUCGACCUUUUCCGCAGGUUCAACGCUCUACGCCCCACCCUUGGACGCGCAGCUGGCGCACAUCAGCACCCUCUUGAGCCCACUCGAGCUCGCCUCCCCUCUCGACCCGCUGCUGCUCCAAAGAGCGCUCACCCACAAAUCAGGUCAACACAAACCCUCGUCCCACUCCAGCCCAUCGGCUUCCCAAAUAGGGCAUGGCGAAAAGCUGGCUUUUCUCGGUCGUCGGGUCCUACGUAUGCAUUACACGCUUCACCUUGCGAGCCACCUCGAUGCCCGAUCAGAGGUCAUGCAUGACGGGUUGAGGCAGAGUGCGAUCGAUAUCAGGUUCGAUACCAAGCAGUUGGGCGCGACGAUCGGGAAAGGAUGGGGUUUGCAAAGUGUAUUGCGGUGGCGUGAAGUCGUGAGUCUGGCUUUGGCCGGAGCUCCGAGGGGAGCGGCACCUACCUCUCUCUCCCUCCUACGAUUUCCUCUACAUCUCACUUCAUACUGAACCAAUAUUAAUCAUCUUUUUUCUGUCAAUGUCAGCGAGGACCAAAAGGCGAUCCAACAGGUCUUUACAAAGCGCGCGGCCAAGCCGUCGAAGCCCUGAUCGGAGCCGUCUACACCCAAUUCGGGAUCCAAGCAACCAAAAAGAUGUUUGAACUCAUGGUCUGGCCUGGGUUGGGGAUGAGUUCGUCAGUUAGACAAGCGUUGGAAGGUGACGCUGGUGCGCAGGCUUGA